AUGCUACCAGAAAAGAAAAUCGACUCGCUUGGCGCGCGUUUGGAGCAGUUCAAGGAAUGUGAUCAAGAAAGACGGAUUGAUUUAGACAACCUUCUCGCCGAGUAUCGUCAAUUGCUCAACGAGUACAAAGUACUUAAGAAAGCCUACGAGGACAUGAUAACCAACACUAUAUCAAAGCCAUUUACAGUGGGAACGCCUACUGUAAAUGCAGCAAAAAAGCCGCUUGAUUCCUAUGUGCUUGUACUAGUCGAUGGAAACGAUUACAUUUUCAAUGAAGAGCUCAUCCGCGAUAAGGAAGAAGGCGGCAUGCGCGCUGCUCGCAAGCUCAAUGAUGCUAUAGAAAAGUAUAUACAAAGCAUAUCACAGACUGUGCCCAGACGCGUAAUUGUACGCAUUUACGCCGAUCUCACCAAUUUGUCCAAGCAGCUCGCGAGGCUAAAGUUGACUGGCAUGGAGAAGCGCUCUCUAGCGUCUUUCACUUCCGGUUUCACACGUGCCCUUAGUCUCUUUGACUUUGUUGAUACCUUGGAUGGAGAGGGUACCAGGAUCAAAAUCAGAGACCAAUUCAAGUUUGCGUCCGAAGAUGCGGCCUGUAGUCACAUUUUGCUCGCGGCCUGUAACGACCCGGCUUAUCAGUCUCUACUCGUAUCCUACAAUGGUGCACGUGACAAGGUCACACUCGUACAAGGCGGCAAAUGGCAUCCGGAAUUUCAUCAAUUCAACUUGGAGGUGACCCAGUUUCCCACAGUCUUUAGCUGGUCUGGAGUAUUCUCUGCCCCACCAGUCAAUAAACCGGCGACGCCCACUCCGUCCAAACAAAAAGCGCCAUUGCAACAACCCAUACCGAAACCUGGACUAGCGGCUCUACAUAAAGAAUCAUGGAGAAGAAACGACUCUGUGAGCGUAGCAGAGUCUGCAUCCAGUCGCUUAUCACCUGCACUGACAAAUGGACCACAACCUUCCCAUGGGAGUUCAUGGAGACGUAACGGUCCGGUGAGCGCAACGGAGUCUGCGUUUGGCGACUCAUCACCUGAAGAAUCAAAUGACUUUGUGGAGCCCGAGCCUGAGCCUGCCCGAUGGGACAGUCCACCUCCACGCGACCAAGCACCACAAAGCAUGCCAAAUGGACCGACCAAGAAGAAAAAUGUGUGCAGACACUUCCAAAAGGGAUUUUGUCGCGCUGGUGGGAAAUGCAACUUCCCACACGGCCCCGGCAGUUUGACUGGUAGUGUCAAUGGUGGCGAUAGCGGCCAGGACUCCAAGCCACUUCUAAGCCCAACACUACACGCUCUCUCAGAAUCAUCCUGGGCACAGCCUCCCGCAGAACCACCUCAAGCUUCCCAGGUUUCCCCAACUCCCCUAGGUGAUCGAAGUGGAAUCUCGUCCGUCCUUCCCGAAGAGUCCGUACCAGGCUUCAUUCCCGUGAACAGAAACCUUCAGCGCCUCGACCCGUACUACCCGCUGCCCUCCGCACAGGACUGGAAGGUGUACAACACGCGUUUUCAUAAGUCUAAGCCAUGCAAUGCGUUCCAUCUCGAGGGCAAUUGCACAGCUUAUGACUGCAAGUUUGACCACAGCGAGCUCGACGCACAAAUUAGGCGCGUACUCGAGUACGUUGUGAAGCGCACUCCGUGUCCCAGGAAAAGUGAAUGUAGAAGGAAGCAUUGCAUCUUUGGGCACUUGUGCCAAAAGGAGGAUUGCAAGGGCCCCAGGCCGACGGGGCAGAAAAAAUGUUGGUUCAAGCCUGAUCAGCAUUAUUCGCUUGAGGAUUGUCAACCGAUGAGUUUGGUGCCUGCAGAGGAGGAGGAGGAAGAGGAGGAGCGUAGUGUUGAGGAAGAGUAG